UUUUUUUCAAUUUUUUUUCCGAGUUAUCGAAAGUCCUGAAGACCUGAAGGCAACACGUAUCACUCUGGUGCCUCUGUCGCCAUAGCAACGUUUACUAAACGAACAGACCUGCUACUUUUUUUUUAACGUUAGCUAUCUUCAUCGAUAGAUUAUUUAACAUAACAUUUUCGGUUGGUAACUUUUGAACAACAUACUCUUUAAUUAAUAUUAAAGAGUUUCAUAAGAAUCCAGAAGAAGUGUCUUUGUAAUGUCCGAAAAUCAAGAAGCCAAGAACGGGGUCCCUCCACAGGAGGCUGAAGAAGACCCCAAUGAGGAGAACCAUGAGGAGACCUGUGAGAUCCAGCCUCAGGAUGAAGAGGAGGAGGAGGAGGAAGAAGAAGAAGAAAGUGAAGAGCUAAUCACUCCUCAGAAGAUGAUCCACCUGCUAAGAGAUUCAACAACUUUAGUGACCAACAUCCAAACUGCAGCUGACACCAAAGAGUCGAUGCGAAGGACAGAGCUGGAGGAAGCUCGCAGAGUUAGAUUGGAGCAGCUGAUGAAUGAUGCAGAAUCCAGCCAGGAAAAAUUUGAGGAGAUCACCAGAGGGUGGUCGGUAGCUAAGGAGAAGGUGAUCCCUCAGGAGCUCCAGGAGGCCCUGAACAGCCAGCAGCAGUUAUGUGUGGCUAUCAUAGAAGACAAGAAAAAACUCAUAAAUGAACUGCAACAGGAGCUGAGAGUUAGAGAUGAUCGCUAUGUAAAGGACCUGAGGAAGCAGGAAGAGGAGCUGGCCCUGAUGAUGGAGAGGAUGGAGGACCAGAUCAAAACCCUGACGAAGGCCUACAGGGAGGAGCUGGCCCAGAUGGAGAGUAUUUAUCAGCAGGCAAAUGAAGUCUUACUUUCAAGACACAGGACUGAAUGGGAACAACACUUAAACAAGAUUUGGGACCAAGAGCUGGAGAACCUGGCGCAUAGACGCAAGAAAGUGGAGGAGUAUGAAGUGAUAAUUCACAAUCUGAUGUUGGAGACUACAGAUAAAUUCACCCUCUACCAGACGGAUCUGAAUGCACAAUUUCAGGCUCUGGAAAGAGAAAAACAACAGGUAAAAGCCACCAAUAUGAUAACAACGUUAAAAAAAAUCAACCAGAAGAAUGAGAAAAGACAACGUACCAUCAACCUGGACAAUAUAAAGAGCAGGCUCGUUAGUCUGCAGACAGAGAUGAAAAAACUAAAGGCCAGUCAUUAUGGUAUGAGGAAACAGUUAACAAAGAAGAGCCAGUGCUUGUCGGAGGAAUACAAACGCAGCGUUGAGCAAUAUGAACGCAUACAGGGGAAAAAAAAGCACCUGGCAGUCGCAAAUGCCAGGAAAUUUGAGCAGAUGUGGCUGACAAUUGAUGAAGAAGUGAAGCAACUGGUGGACAGAGUUUUAGUCAUUGACUCGCAAAUCUGCAGGAGUCUUGGUUUGACCUGGCAGCGACCUCCCAUGCCGUUCAUGGAGCUCUCAGGUCCCAUUCAGCCUCAGAAACAGCCUGAAGGCCCCGCAUGCCGAGCUGCCUCCCAGCAGUUUGACAACGGGCAGGCAUCACAGUGGAGUCCGAUGAGGUUGGACCUCUCAGUCAGGCCUAAGGUGGAGGAUAACGCUGAGAGGAAGGAUGUGGAAAUGUACAAGGACGGGACAUCGGUGCAGAGCGAGAGUGGUGCAGAGGUGGAGGAAGGGAGGACAGAGACACUGAAAAAAGUGAUGGAGCUGCUGUGUGACGAGGCGGGCUACCUGGUGGAGGAUAAACUCCUGAACCUGCUGGCUCCCCUGGAGGAGGAAGAACAGACCCUUUUGAAGCUGGCUUCUCUCCUUUCUACUUUUAACAUUGAAGUGGAGGAUGUGCCCAGUUUGGCUGAAUUCUUAUUAAAAUACGCACAUAAGCAGAGAGAGCAGACUGAGGAUGUUUGUGUUGAUUCAGGUGAAUCUAAUAAAAAUGCGGAGGAAGUGGAGACUCAUCUGACCUCUGAACUCAUUGAUCGCAACCAAAUUCUGCCUGUUUUAAAAAGUUUCCUUGAGCAGCACAUGCAGUCCAGGGAGAGCUCGGCCUGCAAACAACAGAGUUUUCAUGUUCAGACUCGGGAUACUUCAGAAGACAAAGCCUACUGGGAGAGUAUGGGAAAUAUCAUCUCUGAUGACAAAUUGAAACUCUGGGACGCCGCUGAGGGCAAGCUAAAGCAGAAACUGACGGUCCUGACAGAGAUCUCUGAGCUCAUCCCUGAGAUUCAGGGUCUGAAGCAGCAGAACACAGAGCUGCGGAUGUUGCUGCAACUGAAUCUCAAGUCCUGAGUCAGCUAACUCUUAGAAUUUUGUCGACUUUUGUUUAUUAAAGAAGUGCUCAUAUGUCCUUUGAAAAUAAGUGACUCGACAUGAAAAAACAUGAAAAAUUAUUGAUUGAUGAAAAUAGAUCUUUGUUGACUAAGAACAAAACGACCAUUUAAUUAAAUGAUGCAUUAAGAAUGGACAGCCCUACAUAUUUCUCUAUUUUAUGGCAUUUUAUAGACCAAAAGAGUAAUCAAUUUAUCAAGAGGGCAGAUUAAACAAUAAUCAAAAUGUUUGUUAGAACAGCCCUUGUCUAUUCAAAUUGUCCAUCUAUAAAUCCAACAGGGCAGAAAUGAAUGUGCUUCUUGUCUAACAUUAGCCAUCUCUGACUCCCUGACAGGUCAGCACAGAGCUGGAGACACUGUAAUCAAACCUCUCUAUCAGCAGAACUGGGACAGUGUGAAAAUUUCAGUGUGUGUAAAAUGAUAAUAUUCACUGUAAAAUAUAGCCUCUAUUAAAUCAAGCCAUGGUGGCAUACUAUGACAUUUUUAUAUUUUUGGUGUAACACUCAGAAUUAUUCAAUUAUAAAUUGAUUUAACAGAUUUUAAAACUAGACAUUUGCAGUGGCCAGUAAGCAGCAGGUGAUGCUUGUUUGUUUGCAAACUGUGUUAAGCCGAACGUCAUCGCUAAAUAACUUUCAUAAAUGUGUCAUAAUUAAAUGUGAUUGUUAGCUGUGUAAAUAUAUAAUGUAACAAAAGAAAAUAUAAAUACAAUAUUCUUGACGUUCACAAUACUUUGAAAUGAGUGGCUGGAGAGGCAGCUACGCCCACUUAGGAGACAGGAAGUGUGUACCAUUUCCUAGCAUCCUUCUAUCCAGUAUCUUAAAAUACUCCAACAAUACAAUACUCCAACCGUCCACCCUCCUCCCAAUGAAUCCAUGUCACAGAACACCUACACACAAACACAGUAUGUUUUAUAAUUCCAUGUUUAAAAUUUGUAUAAAUGCUGAUUAGCCAACAGUGAAGUCUUUUUAGUUACAUUUUGUGACUCAGUAAACUAAUAAAGUGACCACACAAAGCUCUCCUAUUGGCUUUUAGCCCAUCAUGUGACGGCUGUCACGGCGCACGGGUCUCCUAUUGGACACACAGAUGGGCUCAAUAGAAAGUGUGAAGUGUUCCCUUUUUUCUUUUUUUUUUAAUAAUUACAUUGCUAGAUGCUGGCGACCUCUUAAUUAUAUGGUUAAUAUGCUGACAAAGUCGCCUGUUAACUGAAUAGUGAAUCUGGCUAACUAGCUAAGACACAGCACAGAAAGUUGACUAACUUUUGUUCAGUUAACAUUAUUUGAAUCGUGAGUGGUGGCAUUGGAGCCCUAGCAGUAGUGUAAGUGUAAGAUAUUUUCAUUCUUUUAAGUUGUUGGUUAGGCUUUGUUUUUCUCUCGUGCUGUCUUCAUAUCACCACGGAUGCUUCAUACAUAAGUGGGGAGACACUGUUGGCGGUACGCACGCACAGGUCUGAGAUGGCAAAACCAAAUCUCAGAGUGGGAGGGGGCGCACACAAAUGUCACUAUUUUUUGCUGCUAAAUUGAGAAAAUCUACCACAUUGUUGUGUUUAUAAAAGUUAACAUUCAUGAUCAAUCAUUAUGGUAUCAUAUUGGGUGGGUUGUGGUGGCUGGUUUAGAUUAUUAGGUGGGUUGCAACCCACCCAUCCCCCCCAUAAAUUAUGACUAUCUGUAUCAGUUAGGUUUGGUUACGACUAUGCCCCUUUAGGAGACUAGCAGCAGGUCUAUUGAUUCCAAUAGGAGAAUGAAAGUUGGCACAGAUUAUGACUGGUUCUUCUGUCCCAGAGUCACCAAAGUAAAUAUUGGAACCAUUCUUCACAGGGCACGUGUCUUCUAAACAUUCUAACACAUCAGGAGAAAAUUAACUUUGUUGUAGACCUGUGUUUGUCUCAGCACCUUGCUCUGACAAAUUUUACAACAUAAAUAGCGUUAAGAGUUACCAAUGGUCUCGGGAGAACGAGAACAGCCGGCCAGUUAGCCAAACUGUGUUAAAGCGAACGCCAUCGCUAUACAACGUUCAAAAAACUAAAUGUGAUUGUUAGCUGUGUAAAUAUAUAAUGUAACAAAAGAAAAUAUAAAUACAUUAUUCUUGACGUAUACACAAUACUUUGAAAUGAGACAGGAAGUCAACUCCUGUAACAUUAAUGUAACUGAAGUCCACGGAGUUCAGUUUUAAUAAAGUAAGUACCAUGUCAUUUAUUACCUUAUCUACUAUUUUGUUAUUAAUUUGGUCAGAAUAGUGAGGGAAAAAAACAAGAGUGACUUGUGUAGAUUGUUUGUUUUUUCCAAAACACAAAGAUUUUCACAUACCAUGAUACGUUAUGAGGCAGCAUAUAGUUGAAUUAAUAAAGUAAUUAAUGGUCAAAAUUGCUGUCAGUGUCCUCUUGAUAGAAUAAUCAAUGAAUUCCUUGAGCUUUAUGAAGUGCCUGAGAUUUUAAUGUAUCAACAUGAAUGGAAAAUUAUGUUUUAUAAUCUAAAAAAUGUAAUAAAAUUAAUUUUGUCCUGUUAAA